GCAGCCCUGUGGGCGCUCCUCUAGUGCUGCGGGCAGCGAUGAAGAUCACGCGGCAGAAGCACGCCAAGAAGCACAUGGGCUUCUACAAAUACAACUUCGGCUUCCGGGAGCCUUUCCAAGUGCUGCUGGAUGGGACCUUCUGCCAAGCGGCGCUGCGCAACAAGAUCCAGAUCCGGGAGCAGCUGCCCGGUUACUUGGCUGGCCCCACGCAGCUUUGCACGACCCGAUGUGUUCUAAAAGAAUUGGAGUCCUUAGGAAAGGAAUUGUACGGUGCCAAGCUAAUUGCACAGAGAUGUCAAGUGCGCCACUGCUCUCACUUCAAAGAGCCAGUGAGCGGUUCGGCCUGCCUGUUGUCCAUGGUGGAGGGUGGCAACCCACACCAUUACUUCAUUGCUACGCAGGACCAGGUUCUGGGAACCAAAGUGAAGAAAAGGGCCGGCAUCCCUCUUCUCUUCAUUAUCCAGAACACCAUGGUGCUGGACAAACCUUCUGCCAAAUCUCUGGCAGCGGCACAAGCGACGCAGACCCAUCAGCUGAUCCCAGAGCAUCAGAAACUGAGCAUUGUGCAGCUCAAAGAACAGCAGGGCCUGGGGAAGGCCCCAGAGCCCCAGAAGAGGAAACAGAAAAGAGCCAGUGGCCCCAACCCUCUCAGCUGCUUGAAGAAAAAGAAGAAAACACAAGAGACCCCACAGCCUUCAGCAGCCAAGAAGAGAAAUCGGAAACGCAGCAAAAGAAAAUUGGGGAUUCCAGCUGAUGCUGUGCAGUCGUGAUAACAGAUUUCCUCCAAGGCAACUGUACUGGCUUCAUAAUUUUGCAAACCUGGUGUAAAGGCAGUGGGUUGGAUCCAAGGUACCAGGAGAAUUUUCCGGCCUUCCUGCCUCACUGCGUCCCACUCCUUGGAUGUGCUCUGAGGGGUUUGUAGGUGGGAGGGAAGAUUGGGCAAAAAAUCCAACACACUGGCGGAAACAUUAUCUUUGUAUCCAAUUCAUUUUCUUCUGCUCAACUGAUACAAAAAUACAUUUAUGGAUUUCCUUUUCUAAAAAAAAUCUGAUUUUAUAUUGUGUAUAAUAUUUGUAGAUAAAAGCAGGAUUUUUCCUUGCCGCCACAUUUUAGUGAUAUUGUUAAACUGAGCCUUGAACCACAAAAUUGGGCAGACCUUUUAUAUAAACAAGCCUGUGCUGUUCUCAGAAACAUUAGGUGUCAGAACUGAAGGGAAAAGGCAAAGGGGUAAUCGUUCUAAAGCUCUACUCGGGGGAGGAUGUCAUACUAGAAAGUAUUUCAGAGUUGGUAUGCUGUUUGUCUAGAGGUGCACUCUCUUGCUAAAGUAUGCCAGGAGUAAAAACCCUUUCUUUUUUAAAUGGAGAAGAGCCACAGGUACCAGUUGCAGUGGCUUGAAUGUAGAGAUGUUAUUCGUUGAUUAAAAUGUGUAU